AUGGCUGUCUCGUUUGCUGCUGGAAUCGGCGGCGCCGCCGUCAACGCCUACUGGGGCCAAACUGGCGGUUACUUCCUCCGUGACAUCUGUGACACUGGAGUGAAAUAUGCCACUGUUUCCUUCAUCAACAACUCCCCGGAGAAUGGCAACGGCUAUCCGGGAAGCAACUUUGGCGCCAACUGUGCCGCCGAGGUCUACAACAACAACGGCAAGCCAACAAAACUGCUUAGUUCAUGUACCUUUAUCCAGCGGGAUAUUCCUUACUGCCAGGACAAGGGCGUCAAGGUUCUGCUGGCCGUCGGCGGUGCCCCUGUAGCGGGAACCAACUACACUGUGUCUUCUGAGGCCAAGGGCGUCGAAUUCGCUGAGUUUCUCUACAAUGCCUUCGGCCCUUACAAGAGCAGCUGGACUGGACCUCGUCCCUUUGACCAGGGACCUAAUCAGCAUGUUUCCGUGGAUGGUUUCGACUUGGAUCUUGAGGUGAAGGACAAAAACUGGAGCAAUAAGCCUUAUAUUGCCAUGGUCAACUGGUGGCGCCAACAGAGCACCAAGUUGUUCAUUACCGCUGCCCCUGAAUGUGUCAUUACCACCAAAGGUGGCAACACGAACCAGAAUGAUGAUCUGAUUGCCAAUGCUCAAUUCGAUGCUCUCUUUAUCCAGUUUUACAACAACAAGGUGUGCGAUGCUAUCGCUGGCAAUGACCUGGGCGAUAAGUUCUCCUAUGACACAUGGGUCAGCAAUAUCCAGAGUGGUAAGAGCAAGGACGCCAAGAUCUUCAUUGGCCUCCCUGCCUCGCUCGAUUCUGCCGGUUCUGGUUAUAUUACUCCCAAGGCCAUGAAGGAUCUUGUUUGCCAGUACAGCACCCACAAGAACUUUGGUGGUGUCUCUUUGUGGGACGGUACCCGAGGUUUGAUUAACAAGGAUAUCCUCACUGGCAAGACCUACGUCCAGAGCGCCGUUGAAGCCGUCAACUAUAUUUGCCAGGAGCCGCCCAAGACCACGACCACCAAGUCUACCUCCACCUCCACCUCCACCUCCACCAAGACGACUUCGACGACUAGCAGCACCACGGUGAAGACGACAACCACCUCCACCACCACCACUUCUACCUCGUCUGCUAAGCCCACUACUACCAGCACAACGUCGACCAAGCCUACCUCGACCAGCACCACCUCUUCUAAGGCUACCACGACUACCAGCAGCACCACUGUGAAGACGACUACCACUUCUAGCACCACGUCCACGAAGCCUACCUCAACCACCACUUCGUCUACUAAGUCUUCCACCUCUACAACUUCUUCCAAGCCUGCCACUACCAGCACCACAUCUUCCAAGCCAGCUACCACCACGACCACGUCGUCCAAGCCUGUGACAACCACCAGCACCACGUCUUCGAAGCCAGCUACCACGACGACGACGUCUUCCAAGCCAGCUACCACCACCACCACCACCACCACAUCCUCUAAGCCUGUGACAACCACCACCUCUGAGAAGCCCGCGACUACCACGACCACCACGUCUUCUAAGCCCGUGACAACUACCACUUCUUCUGAGAAGCCGGAUACGACCACCACCAAGACUUCUGCCACCGAGUCUACAACUACAUCCGGUGCUGGCGUCACUAGCACUUCCUCCACGGUUACCCCAACUACCAGCAAGCCUGUCUCCUUGACGACGAGCACUGUCUACACCACCUCGGUCCACACCGUCACCAAGUGCCCUCCUACCGUGACCAACUGCCCUGUUGGCCACGUCACGACGGAGACUAUUCCCCUGUACACCACGGUGUGCCCUGUCACCGAAACGGCUCACCCUCCCAAGCCCACGACGACCAAGGCUCCCGUCCUGACCACCAGCACUGUGUACACCACCAAGACUUACACCAUCACCAAGUGCCCUCCCGCUGUGACCAACUGCCCUGUCGGCCAUGUCACCACCGAGGUCGUCCCCGCGUACACCACGGUCUGCCCCGUUGAGGAGACUGAGACUGGCAAUGUUCCCCAGCCUACCGGUCCUGCUCCCUUGACCACCAACACUGAGACAAGAACUCUUACCCGCACCGUCAAGGUCCAGGGCUCCAGCUCUCUCCAAACUCUGGUCCGCCCCACGGAGGUUCCCCAGCCUUCUGCCGAGGGCUGCUCUGGUCCCGGCUGCCCUGGUGUCACCAGCACUCCCGGCUCUGGCUGCACCGGCCCCGAGUGCCCUGGAGUUGCUAUUCCCACCAACAGCUGGACCAGCUCCCCCGUCGGUCCCUCUGCUACCCCUAGCACUCCUGUCACCGCCGGUGCCUCUACUCUGGCUCUUGGCCUGACUGGUCUGGUUGCCAUUGUCGCUGCUCAGCUGUUUGCCAUGUAA